UGCGUGUGUGUGUGUGUGUGUGUCUUGUGUGUACAAAGUGGGUCACACUCUGCCACAAUAUUCAUACAGCUGGAGUGUUUAGUUCCAUUAGAUCACUGAAGAAAAUGCUGUACAUAUUUUCUUUGUUCUGUCUGUCCUGGUGGCAUCUCAUUGGUAAGUCAUGAAGCAUGUUAAUAGCUUAAUAUCGCUGUGCUGUUCAUUAAGUUACCAACUGAUGAAAUUAUAUUAUUAUUACCACUUUAUUGCAAGAUGUUCAGAUUUGGGCUUAUGAUGUCUAUUUAAAUGAAGAGGGUCUUGCAGCCAUGGAAAUUCUUAUUAUUUCAUGUUUUUAUAGGAAAUAAUCAUUUGAGACCUCACUUAUCAUAGCACACGUGCUGCUGAUGAUGUGACAAUAAAAGUGAUUGGAUUUGAUUUGUUGCAAUAAUUAUUUUUCAGUUCUAACAAUACAAACAAUGUCAGAGUCUGUACAACCACAAGACCCUCAGUGUGUUUUUUUUUUUGUCAUCCAGGUGUUUUUGCUGAAUCAGUAUCCGUUAUGGAGGGAGAUUCCAUCAAUCUACACACCGAUAUUAAUGAAAUGAAAAUAAAUGAUGACUUGCUGUGGAAAUUUGGAUCUGAAAACUUUCUCAUAGCUAAAAUUAGCAUGGAGAAACAAAUCUUCUCCACUUAUGAUGUUCUUGAUGGGAGAUUCAAAGGCAGACUGCAGCUGGAUCAUAAAACUGGAUCUCUGACCAUCACAGACAUCAGAUCUGAACAUGCUGGAGAUUAUCAAGUGCAUAUUAGUGGAGCAAAACGAUCAUCAAAAACAGUCAGAGUGUCUGUCUAUGCUUAUCUGCCUGCUCCUGUCCUCAUCUUCAACUCUUCUCAGUGUUCUUCAUCAGUGCAGUAUUGUUCAGUGUUGUGUUCAGUGGUGAAUGUGAGCGCUGUGAGUCUCUCCUGGUACAAAGGAAACAGUGUAUUGUCCAGCAUCAGUGUGUCUGAUCUCAGCAUCAGUCUCUCUCUACCUCUGGAGGUGGAAUAUCAGGAUAACAACACCUACAGCUGUGUGAUCAACAACACCAUCAGCAACCAGACCACACAUCUGGACAUCAACACACUCUGCCAGACAUCAUGUUCAGUUACAGAUUCAGUUUCUCUAUUAGUGCUGGUUUCUGCUGGAUCUCUGCUGAUAGUUGCCGCAGGCCUGAUCGUCUGUAUUUACAGGAAAUGCAGAAAAACGGCUCAAGAAGUCGGGACCGAAGAAGACGAGAUCACGUACAUUGAGCCGACAAUCUACCAAAGAAAAGUAAAGAAUUUGACAUGUGCCGAGGACACUGUGGAGUAUGCUCCGAUUGCCACAAGAAGAUAAUCAAAUUUUAAAAUUCCUCAUUCACUGCACACUUACAAACGUUUUAAGCUGCAUAUUCGGUAAUGAACAUGUUCAUGUUUCAUAAGUGAUGUUUGCAGCUCUGCACCACGAGCAACUGAGUGGGAUUAGGUGUGAUUUUCUUUCCCAUCAACAUGAAAGUGAUCUGCAGGUAGACAAACAGGUUUUUUUUUUUUGUUUGGGCUGAUGAUUGUCUGCGGUUGACACUUGACACAUUCAUUGACGUCAUAUGGUUGAAGGACUUUUUUAUUUUUCCAUUUUGUUUGCAUGAAUCUCUCGCCUACAAGUUUCUAUGAAAUAAAACUGAAACUAACAGGGAUUUUAUUUAAAAAGUUGUUUAUUUGUAUUGUGCACUCCAUAAUCUCUCAACACAUAGCAGGAAAUACUAAUAUUUAUUUAAUCUCCAACGUUUACUGUUCCAUUCAGCGCAUUUGUGUCAGAGGGUAAUGUGGUGUAUAUUCUUAGCAAUCAAGUAGGCUAGCUGACAUGUGAUAUAACCACACGCAAUGCAUAUAUAGCGUAUAUUUUAAAGCAUGUAUAUGUACUACUGUAAGCAAUAAACUAAUAAUUUAGAUGGAUAAAGAGUGGAUAUACAACUAUACAGUUACUUUCUAAAAUGAAGAUAAGGAGGUUGACUAGUGCAUCCAAAAAGCAGAAAAAUAGCCAUCAAUAUACAGAAAGACAAUUACUUGAUUUGCUGGUGCUAAAAUAUCAUGUUUAACAAAAAGAUUUCAAGUGUUCAAAAUAUCUCUUAGUUAUAGCGCAGGCCAUUGCCCCACAUAAGGCUUUCUAUACUAUCAGUAGACUAACAUAAGCGCCUCUUAAAAACAAGAACGAAAGAAACAUUCAGUUCCUAAAACAUUACCCUGACACACAGUGACGUCAAGCAACAUGAGAGGUGUUAUUCCCACACUGGAACAGGUGUUCAGAUGUUUGUUACUCAUGAAUUAGAAAUAAAGUCAUUGUGUUCAUGCAUAAA